CCAUGUUGGAUAUCUUUGUGUGUCUGUAACUGUCUGUAUGUUAUUGGCUCAGCCAAGUUGAACUCCAUUGGAUCACUCCAAUGACCUGUGUAUGCUUGACCCGAGCUUUGUCGAUAUGUAGUCUAUUUGUGCUGAGUGCUUCCCAAGAGCGGUGGCUUCAGGAUGUCGUGUGUGAUGAUGCAGCCAGAUGGUCACAGCUUCCCUGGGACUACUUGAGCUUUCAGGAGGUCCAGUCUUGGACAACCCUUGGAUGGAAUCGAGAAAUGUGGGAUGCGGCUCAUCCUAUCGCCACUACAUCCGUGCUCUCAGUCACGACCACGUUUGGCAGAAGGCUGAGAUUUGAUGAGAAGGACAUGGAUCACGAGUUGCUUGCUGUGUCAGACACAGGUGGAAGAAAGCUGCAGGGAGGGACAACGGUUCUGCCCACAACUAGCACAACAACUUUAGUGCCUGCAAGUGAGACCUCCUGCUACCAGGAUUUGACUGAAGCUCAACAAGAUGCAGUCCGGACGUUGGGCUACAGCAUCUCAUCCUGGCAUGUGUGCAAAAAUCCGUCGUGUGCCUGGCCUUCCGGAAUUCCUGUUCCCAACGCGCCGUGUUUGGAGGUACUUCAGUGGUUCGAGACCUCGUUAUACACCCGAAACUGGGCCGAUCUCACAGGGUCCAAGCGCGAUGCUUUGGAAUUACUGGGAUGGGCCCACAGUCGCUGGAUGAAUAUGGACUAUCCUUUAUCGUAUGCUCAGCUGUGGUACGAGCUGCAACCACGUCAGCAAGAAGCUGCAGCAUUCCUGGGCUACACAGUUGAGGUGUGGGAAAGAUGCGAGAAGGCAGCGCCUUGCAUCACCAGGUUGGAACUGUUGGAGAACAAGUGGAAAGCACUUCGCUGGAGAGACAUGCAGCAGCCGUUUCAAGACAGGUUGCGAGAACUUGGUUAUGACGAGGAGCGCUGGACGAACGGAGACGGUGCCACCUUGACCAAGGCUUACAUGGACUUGAGCGAUGCAGAAAAAAUAUCCGUCAGACUAGCAGGCUAUGUGGCUGACACCUGGGACGGGUGCCCAAAUGCCCAGUGCGAGGAUCGCUUCAGUUACCUCAAGCGGAAGUACACCGACGUUUCUUGGAGCGCGUUGACAGUCGCGCAGCGGCGUGCUUGGCAGCUUCUUGGUCACAACGAUCAGUUAUGGACUGGAGGUAUGAUGAAUACCAUCACCAUGCAGUUGACCUGGGAAGAGCUUUCACUCGAACAACGGGCGCAGGCUGAAUUCCUUGGAUUUUCCAAAGGCACUUGGCAAGGUUGCAACACCAACUGGGGCCAAAACCUGGGUGCAAACGCAACCCAGAAUGAUGGGUACAUAUCCACUAGCAUCGAGCGGACGGUCCGAUCACGGAUGAUAAUUCGUCGUCCGUUUUCAGAGGUUUCAGGGAAUGUCUAUGGUUCUGCAGUGGAUCGUCUUCCGACCUCAUUCAUUCAGGUUUUUGAAGAAGCUGUUGCCCGUGCACUGUUUUGUAGCAACCCACCGCUGAGUGAAGACCCGCAAACCUUUGUAGACUCUGACGGAACUCCGCUCUGCAUUCAGAAGGAACACUAUGCAACGCAACAACAUCGAGUGAAAGUGAUGACAGUCGUGGAGGGAUCCAUCAUAGUGGAUUUUUUCCUUGCAAGGAACCAAACCACCUCCGAGCUGCCUGCGCCUUCUCUUUUUGAGUCCUUGCAGCGGAUGCUGGAGCUGAAGACAUCACCGCUUUGUCAAGAUAUGCACUUUGGGAAGUUUGCGCAAGUGGCAGUAAUGGAGGAAAUUCCACUGUCGCUUCUUUCUGAAGAUGCGCUGGAAAGAGCUGCUGUGUUUGAGCUGAUGCGAAAUCAAUACGGACCAGAAACUGCUUGCCAGUUGCUGGCAGACGCCAGAGAAGGUCCUAUCAAGUGCCCAACAGCGACAUCUCGCUCAGUGCUGGCAAGCAACGGCAUAUUCCUGGUGAGCUUGAGCUUCCUGCUCUCUGUCACGACCUGCCUGUCUGACAAGAUAUGACAAGAUGCUUUUCUAGUUCGCCGGCGCUCCGGAACCUUGCAUGCUGAAGAGGGAACAGACUGCCUCAGCGCCCAUGCUAAAGGCAUGGGACAGGGUUGAUUUGGGCAUGUUUAUGGAACAUAAACGUGUCCUUCAGCAGUCAAGUUUGUCAACGUUUCACAUAAUUUCCAACUGGCAAUGGCUUCGUUCUGGUGCUCGCCGUCUCUCUU